ACUGUUCAGUUUCUGUUCUGUUUGUAAGGAGAUAAGUUCUCUUGUCAGAUCGACGACGAAAAUAAAGAAUUAUUUUUUUUUUGAAAAGAAUUAUUAUUGUGUGUAUAUGUCAGAUGAGAAUUAAUUGAUCUUCAUCCAGCAAGUCCUUUCGGAAUAAUAAAAAAUAAAUUUUUUAUCACAAACAAAAAAAGAAUUGAAAAAUAAAAGUUGAGCAAGAAGAAGACAAAUACAACAACAAAUAAACUAUUCAGCAAAUCCGGAAAAACUUUUUAAAAAAAAUUUCAAUAAUUUUUUGAUAGCACAUCCAACUGCGUAGGUGGAAAAUAAAAGUUAAUUUGUAUGUGAAAAGUGUCUACGUGACAAAAAGAAAAUAAAGUUCAGUUAAAAUACAUACAACAGAAGCGCAUGAGAUACCAAGAAAGUCGAUAAUAAAUAGUCAAGCGACUCAAAGCUAAGCAAAAUCAUUUCUAGUCAUACUGUGUGAAGUGUGUGCCUGAGGCAAAUCAAGCAAACAUAAUUUAGAAUACAAAAUUUCUGUGAAUUUAAUUAAGUAACGAUGUCAGCAUCCCCAGUUGCACGUCAAGCGCAUUCUCAUGCCCAACUUAUUCCGGCCAUGAGAAAAGUUCUCAUUAGUGAUGCAUCUCAAAUGCCUGAUGUGUACUCAUCGACACCAAAUGGAACAAUUUAUAGCACCACGCCAGGAGGUACAAAGAUUGUGUACGAGCGCACGUUCCUCAUGAACUUAAGAAACUCACCAUUGAGUCAAACACCACCAAAAAAUCUUCCCUGCCAUCUUAGUAAGGAUGAUCAUAGUGCGUUUCAUCAUCACAAUCAUCAAAAUCAAUUGAAUGGAACUUACCAUCCACCACAACCACAUAAGACCCAAAAUCCACAUCCUCAUCCACAUCAUGCAAGCAAUAAUCAUCCACAUCCAUUACAUCAAAAUAGUAACAGCAAGGAUAAAAGCAAUGGAUGGAGUAAAGUGCGUAAAUCAUCAACGGAACUUGAUGACCAUCAAUUUGAUAUGGAUAUUUAAGAUUGUCCAUUGAUAUGUCUUCAGAAAAAAAAAUUAAUAAUAUUUUAUUAGUAUCUAUGCGAUUACACAUUAUUAAUGAAAAAAAAAAAAAAUUCAGUGAAAAAAAUUAUUGAAAAAAUGAUAUAAUAAUAAGAUUUAAUUAAUUUUUAAUAAUUGAUGUGGGAAUUUGGGGGUAAUUAGGCUGAAUGAGGGGGGUUUGAUGGACGUUGAGAGAUUAAUUUUGAUUUUUUUGGUUUUUAUUGAUGAAAGAUUAAGCCAAUCUAGGAUAUUUUUGUGGUUUCUUUUUGAAUUAUUUUAUAAAGAUCUAAAAAGCUUUCAGAAAACUUCAAAAAAGCUAUUAAAAAUUUCAAAAAAACUUUCAAAAAAAUCAAAAAGCUUUCAAAAAAU